AGUUUCAGCCAUGGUUUCAACGGACCCGUAGUUAACUUUCGAUCCAAGCCGUCCAAGCUAUGAUCCAAUACUAUCCGAUAUCUCGUCUGCGCCGUCUUCGCUGGUGCUGAGUUAUUUGCUUUGCCGGUCUUUGAUACCUGUGGUUUUUUCAUGCUUGUCAAUUGAGUUUAGCUAAUCGGAAUGGACGUCGAUAGUGCGGACUGGCCCAAGCGAUGGACCCACUUGGAGAAGAUACUGCACAGGCACGGCCCCUUCGCCCACCCGGACUUCGAACCAGGCCCAGCAGUACUGGAGUUUCUGCGGAGCACUUGCAAAGUCCUAGUCAUCGGAGCUGGUGGACUCGGCUGCGAACUUCUUAAAGAUUUGGCAAUGAUGGGUUUCCGGAAGAUAGAUGUCAUCGACAUGGAUACAAUUGAUCUGUCAAACCUUAAUCGGCAAUUUCUAUUCAGGAAGGGUGACAUUGGGAAGUCCAAAGCAGAAGUGGCGGCAGCCUUCAUCAACCAGCGGGUUCCCGGAUGUCAAGUUACUCCACAUUUCAAGAAGAUUCAAGAUUAUGACGAAAGUUUCUACCGAAAAUUUCACAUUGUAGUCUGUGGCCUGGAUUCUGUGGUGGCGAGGCGUUGGGCCAACGGCAUGCUGCUGAGUCUCCUGAACUACGACGACGGCAUGCUGGACCAGCAGUCCAUUGUGCCCAUGGUGGAUGGAGGCACUGAGGGAUUCAAGGGCAAUGCCAGGGUCAUCCUACCCGGCAUGACCGCCUGCGUAGAGUGCACCCUCGACCUCUACCCCCCUCAGGUGAACUUCCCCCUGUGCACGAUUGCCCACACGCCGAGGCUUCCCGAGCACUGCGUGGAGUACGCGAGGAUACUCCUGUGGCCCAAGGAGCAGCCCUUUGGAGAUGGCAUCUUCAUUGACGGAGACAAUCCGGACCAUGUGCAGUGGGUGCACGAAAAGGCGUUGGAGCGCGCCAAGGAAUACAACAUUGCUGGAGUCACUUACAGGCUCACGCAAGGUGUCAUCAAGAGGAUUAUCCCGGCUGUGGCUUCAACCAAUGCGGUCAUUGCAGCCAUCUGUGCUAACGAAGUCUUCAAGAUUGCUACCAGCUGCUCCAAUCCCCUGAACAACUACAUGGUGUUCAACGACACUGACGGACUCUACACCUACACGUUCGAGGCAGAGAGAAACGAGAAGUGCCUGGCCUGCAGCCAGGUGCCGACCACGCUGCAGUUUGACGAGAGUGCCAAGCUCCAGGACAUCUUUGACCACCUGGUCAGCAGGCCCGAGUUUCAAAUGAAAGCUCCUGGCAUGACUACGACCGUGGCAGGUCGCAACAGGACUCUCUACAUGCCCUCAGUGGCGUCCAUCGAGGAACGUACCAGGGCAAACCUCAAGAAGACACUCAAGGAGCUGGAGUUUGUUGAUGGACAAGAGCUGGUUGUGGCUGAUGUGACGUCCCCCAUGUCCGUCGUCUUCAAGGUGGCGCUCAAAUCUUCUACCGACGGCUGAACAAGACGCAGACAUUGUAAAAUUUGAAAAGAAUGGGAUUGUUUCUUUAUUUAUAAUAAAAGAAUGCGGGGUUAGGCUCUUUC